GAGCAACACCUGAAAAACAAGAAGUUCAACGUCAUUUUGCAGAAUUGAACGUGUGAGAGAGCAGCAGCAGAGCUGCAGUCGAGUCCUGUUUGUCUCUAAAAGAAGAUUCACUGGAGUCCAUCAGGUUUCUCUCAGCAACAGUGAGUGCAGACAUGUCUGCUGCCAGCAAUCUGCGAUCUGAAGAUCAGUUUCUGUGCUCCAUCUGUCUGGAUGUGUUCACUGAUCCAGUCACUACACCAUGUGGACACAACUUCUGCAAAACCUGCAUCAGUCAGCACUGGGUCACUAAUGGCAGACAGAAGUGUCCUAUGUGUAACAGAGUGUUCAAGAGACGACCUGAACUAGACAUCAACACUUUGUUCUCUGAGGUAGUUGCUCAGUUCAGACGUGAAGCUCAGCAGAAAGCCAGCAGCAGCAGCUCAGAGCAACAAGCUGCCAAACCAGGAGAAGUUCCCUGUGACGUCUGCACUGGAACCAGACUGAAGGCCCUGAAGUCCUGCCUGGUGUGUCAGACCUCCUACUGUCAGACUCACCUGGAGCCUCAUCUGACAGUGAAACGUCUGAAAAGACAUCAGCUGAUUGAUGCUGUGGAGAACCUGGAAGGCUGGAUGUGCACGAAGCACGAUAAACUUCUGCAGCUGUUCUGUAAGACCGACCAGACAUGUGUCUGCGUGCUCUGCUCUGUUUUAGACCACAAGAACCACGAGUUUGUUCCUCUGAGAGAAGAAUAUGAAGGAAAGAAGGCAGAGCUGGAGAAGACAGAGGCUGAGAUUCAGCAGAUGAUCCAGAAGAGACGACUGAAGAUUCAGGAGAUCACAGAGUCGGUGAAGAUGAAUAAAGAUGCUGCAGACAGACAGAAAGCAGAAGGUGUUCAGGUCUUCACUGCUCUGAUGGAGUCUGAGAGACACCUGAAGGAGCUCAUGAAGGAGAUCGAAGACAAACAGGAAGCUACAGAGAAACAGGCUGAAGGUCUCAUCAAAGAUCUGGAACAGGAAAUCUCUGAGCUGAUGGAGAGAAGCUCUGAGGUGGAGCAGCUCUCACGCUCUGAAGACCACCUCCACCUCCUCCAAAGCUUCUCCUCCCUGAAAGCUGCUCCACCCAGCAAGGACUGGACAGAGGUCAGAGUUCAUCCACCAUCAUAUGAGGAGACCGUGGGGAGAGCUGUGGCUCAGCUGGAGGAGACAGUCUGGAAACCCAUGAAGAAGAAGCUGUUUGAGGCUGAGCUGCAGAGGGUGCAGCAGCAUGAGGUGGAUGUGACUCUGGAUCCUGAUACAGCUCAUCCUUAUCUCAUCCUGUCUGAUGAUGGAAAACAAGUGUAUCAUAGUGAUGUGAAGAAGAAUCUUCCAGACAACCCAGAGAGAUUUUCUUACUGUGUUAAUGUUUUAGGAGAGCAGAGUUUCUCUUCAGGCAGAUUUUACUUUGAGGUUCAGGUUAAAGGAAAGACUGAGUGGACUUUAGGAGUGGCCACAGAGUCGAUCAACAGGAAGGGAAAAAUCACACUGAGUCCUCAGGAUGGUUUCUGGACUGUGAGGCUGAGAAAUGGAAAUAAGUACAAAGCUGGUGCUUCCUCUUCAGUCCAUCUCUGUCUUCGUCCUGGUCCUGAGAAGGUGGGGGUGUUUGUGGAUUAUGAGGAGGGUCUGGUCUCCUUUUAUGAUGUAGGUGCUGCAGCUCUGAUCUACUCCUUUACUGGCUGCUCCUUCACUCACAAACUCCACCCAUUCUUCAGUCCCUGUCCUAAUUAUGGUGGUAAAAACUCUGCACCUCUGAUCAUCUGUCCUGUCAAUAACAUUAAUCUAUCCCUGAUUUCAUUGGAAGGACUUGAAUGGGAAGAAUUUGAAUUACAUUUUGAUUCUGAUUAAAGGGACCAAAUGAACAUACUGAGUGUAAAUCCUCUACAGUCUCCAUGUUUCUAUAGAAUCUGAUCAUCAGGACUCUGAUUCACACUUUGAUUCUCAUGGAGUUUGAUUUGAACAGAAGAAAAGUUGAAUCAGGAAAUGUUCCCACUGAUGGAGACUCGAGCUGAAGAGCAAAUAUCAGAGAAUAAAUGUCCAAAAGCUUCAUUUACAAUAAAGUUUGUUAAACGCUGUAGGGUUAGAGAAAAUAAUUUUACUACUAUUGUCCAUAUUACUAUUGCAUUAAUAAUUAAUAUUGAUAUUGCAUUCAGAUAUUCAAACAUACUGGUAUCAUAUUAGCCUUUGUUACAGGUCCAGUAAGAACCACUUUAACUGUUGAGUUGAAUCUAUAAUCUUAAAUGCUUUUGAAUGCUUUUAUAAUCUUAAAAUGUUUAUAUGCAGACUGCAUUGUAAAAGAAAGGCCUAACGCUGAGUAUACUCUGUGCCAAAAUAAGACAGGAAAUUACAUGUUUGCAGGGCAUGCUUUUUGCAGAAGGGUAACCAAAAGCAGAGUCUGAGUGCAAGUUAUUUUGAGGAGCUGUUUGGAUGAUGUUAUUUGAAUAACCAGGUUAUUCUUUGUUAUCUUUUAUUCAUGUAUACCUUUUAUUAAGUUUUAAGUAGUGGCAUUUGAUUGAAACAUUUGUUUAACACAUUUCACAUAUGAGUCAAGAUUAUUACACACAUGACAGGCCUCGGUCUGGUUGCAUAUGCCAGAGGUCAAAGACAGUUCAAGCAAGGUUAACACACAUACACACAUACACCCACACACACCCAUACAUACACAUACAGCUAGUGAGUUCAUUUUGUAGGUGAAAGUUUAAGCAUGUUUUGCUAGAUCUGCAUUUUUAUGUCUGUGUGUACGUGACUGUUUGAUGAAGCAGGUGCAAGAUGUUCCAGAAGCUAUGCUUGAGCUGUGGUCGAGGGACUGCACCUGCGGGAGGAUGGCAGCGAGUAUUCUUUUAAACUAUGUUAAAAGUCAUUGUGGUUUUGAUUUGAUGUAGAGAGGGCGUCAGUAAAUAUACCUUGACAAAUAAAUCUAUGGUUGUGUCGUUGUUGGGGUAGAGAUUGAUGCUGUCUGCGUCCAGGUUCAUCUUUCCACACGUGUGUAUCAAUAA